UCUGAAUUUAAUCUAAUAGAACUUUGGAUUGCCGAGGGGCUUGUGGAAGAAGUGAAUAGCCAACAAGCAGAGUUUGAUCAGGGGUACGCCAUACUAAAUAAACUCAAAAAUAAUUGCUUGUUAGAAAAUGGUGAAGUUACCGGACGUUUGAAGUUGCAUGACCUCGUGAGAGACAUGGCACUACGCAUCACGAGGCCACGAUUCUUGGUAAGAGCUGGUUUACAAUUGAAAGAGAUACCACAUGCGCAAGAAUGGACAGAAGAUUUAGAAAAGGUUUCCUUGAUGAAAAAUGGAGACUUACGAAUUCCAUCACAAAUGUCACCACCAAAAUGCCAGAUGCUCACAACUUUAUUGUUGUCCGAUUGCUUAAUAGUGAGUAUUCCAGAUUGUUUCUUUGAGCACAUGAAGGGUCUCAAAGUUCUUGACCUUUCUGAGAAUAAUUUUACAAUUUUACCAAGUUCCAUCUCUAACUUGGAAGCUCUCACUGUGUUAUUGCUAAGAAGAUGCCGUUAUUUAGAAAAGGUGCCAUCUUUCUCAAAACUUGAAGCUUUAAAGAGGUUGCAUCUUUCAGGCAGAAAAAUCAAGAAUCUCCCACAUGGGAUGGAAAGGUUGGUAAAUCUCAAUUAUCUGUAUCUGUGGGUGGAAGAAAUCCCCAGUGGAAUAUUAUCAAAAUUCUCAUGCCUGCGAGACCUGAGGCUAAGUUUUGCAUUUGUCAAAGGAGAAGAGAUAGGUGAGUUAAAGAAGCUGGAGUUCUUUGAAGGGAGCUUUUAUGACUUGAAUGACUUGAAUACUUUUGUGCAAGCUUUGCAGAGUCGAGGACAACAGCUUAUUCAAUACGACGUGGGUGUGGGUGAUAAAAAUUUCUAUAGUUUCUGCGAAUGGGAUAAAUACAUUGAAUUGUCUUGUUCCCAUCCGAUCUAUAGAAAUGGCAUCAAGUUCCCAUCUGAUCUUCAGAAAUUGAAAAUUAACAAUGGCAUUGUUGAUUUCCCAAAAGAAGAGGUGUUUUUUCCAUGGUUUAUCCCAAUGCCAAAUGGCAUGUUUUCUAUUCUUAAAGAAAUUGAUAUAUUUAGAUGUGAACAAAUAAAAAGGUUGUUCACGUGUAGUUGGGUGCAAAGUAACCUCCCAAAUUUGGAAGUGUUAACUGUUAAGGAAUGUCACCAAAUGGAGGAAAUAAUAGCAUCAGAAAUGGAAUUCAUUGAAGAAGAAAGAAUGGGUGGUAGUAACAGUAAUACCAUCCAAUUUACUCUUCCCAAAUUAAGGAUAUUGGAAUUGCAGUUUUUAUGGGAACUGAAAAGUAUUUGUGGUGCAAAUAGAGUAAUGGUGUGUGAUUCUAUUGAAAAGAUUACAAUCUAUCAUUGCUCAAAAUUACAGAGGAUUCCUCUCUAUCUUCCAUUGCUUGAUGAUGGCCAACCAUUUCCUCCUCCCUUUUUUAAGGAAAUCUUUAUACUUCCAGAGAAGAAGUUGAGAUCGGUGGAGUGGGAUCAUCCCAGUGCCAAGUCCGUACUAGAGCCAUUUUUGAAAUGUUCAGAUCAUUACGAAUCAUAUUCUUAAUCAAAUUACUGCUCAUAUCUUGAAUCAGAUUACGACUCAGAUCCUGAAUCAGACGCCAACUUAGACCCUGAAUCAGAUGCAAGUCUACCUAAUGAUGGCCAACCAUCUCUGCCUCCUUCUCUUAACAAAACCCUUUUAUCUUCAGGGGAAUUGUUGGAUUUAGUGAAAUGGACCAUCCCAAUGCCAAGUCCCUAUUGGAGCCAUUUAUUACACACUGGAGGCUCGGAUUUGUAUAUCUAUCUCGUUAUUUGCCUGACAAGAAUGAUCCUUAUAUUUCCAAGGGAAUGGUGGGAAUCGGUGAAGUGGGACCAUCCCACUGCCAAGUCUCUAUUUAAGCCACAAUUUUUGAGACAGAUACGCCGCUGAUUUGUUUAUCUCUCUCCUUAUUUGCCUGACAACAAUGUUAUUGGUGGGAAUCGUGAGGUGCUCUUAUUGUUACCAUCAAAAGCAAGAAACCACAUCUGUUUGUUGAUUGUUUGUCAAGGGAAAUGGAGGCCCUCUGUUGAGAACCGAUUCAAUGAUUUAACUGCCUCUACUGAUGGCCUUCUUCACCUCUCCCAAUUCAAUGAAUGCAUUGCUUGAUCGUAAUGCCAUACAAGAUCUAAGUACGGUAUCACUUACCGGCCAGCCACAAUGGUACCUAUGGGUGAUAUUGUUAAUGUGUAGCAUGCCUGUGUGCAUCAUUGGCAACAACACAGUCACAAGUUUGAUCCACUGCAUGCCAAACAAGACUUCAUUGAUUAUUAUGCAAGUGAAGGAAUGAAGGCAAGUGAACUCUCAUAAACCGGUGAAGAUGUUGCUGCUCUCAGGAAAGACUAUGAGGAAGCAGGAGCGGAAGGUGUGAAAGAGGAAGAAGGGAAGAGUACUAAACAUACGUUUGAUGAAGCAGCAGCUAAUGGUCUACUCUGUUGCUCAUCUCAUUUUCCGUUUAUUGUUUUAAAUUUGUGCAUGUACCUCAUCUCUUGGAUUGUCGCUCUUUCUAUAUGUCAAGUGAGUGGUUUUUUCAAGUAUAAUUGUGAUAAUUUGGAGUUUUGUUUUGUCCAAUGAGAUGAAUCCCUUUCAAUGUCUAUUAGAAUUUUGUUUCUUUGCUCUUCUCUGAACAAGGAAUAUAGAACCAUGCAUGUUCAAGGUCCAAUUCUUUACUCA